UCUGGCAGAGCAUAGCAGAGACCAUCAGAGUCCAUCAUAGUCCGGCAGGUGUCUCAGCUCAACAUGUUCCUGGUCUUCUUUGUAGUCUUUUUCCCAGUAGCUCGGCUCCAGGAUUUCCAGCAAUUCCAGGAUCUCCAUGACCCGCAGAACCUCCAGUAUCUCCAUGACCUCCAGGACACUGGGGACCAUUGUACUGGUGCCUCCUGUAACCCCCCGCUAGGUGAUCUGAUGGUAGGUCGAGCAGCUCAGCUGUCGGCCUCCUCAACAUGUGGUCAACAGGGCCCGCAGAACUACUGCAUCAUCGGAUACCUGGAGGAGGAACAGAAGUGUUUCCUGUGCGACUCUCGGCUGCCGUACAAUAGCUAUAGCAAUCCGGACAGUCAUGGCGUGGAAAACGUGAUCACAACCUUUGACCCCGACAGGAAACUGAGGUGGUGGCAGUCUGAGAACGGAGUUCAUGGAGUCAGCGUCAGGCUGGAUCUGGAGACCGUGUUCCAGUUCAGUCACCUGGUGCUCACCUUCAACAAGAGCUUCCGUCCGGCGGCCAUGCUGGUGGAGCGCUCACAGGACUUUGGGCGCAGCUGGAAAGUUUUCCGUUAUUUUGCAGAAGACUGUUCGCUUCACUUCCCCUCAGCGUCCAAUCAGCCGGCUGGCGGCAUCGACGACGUCGUCUGUGAUGGGAGAUACUCGGGACCGGACCCGUCUACGGGGGGAGAGGUGGUGCUGAAGGCUCUGGAUCCCAUCUUCCACAUAGAGAACCCGUACGCUGCCAACGUCCAAGAGCUGAUCACCCUGACUAAUAUCCGGCUGAACUUCACCCGUCUCUUCACGCUGGGCGACACACUGAGCCGCCGCCGCAGGAACCCGCGGGACAAGUAUUACUACGCCCUGUACAACAUGGUGGUGAGGGGCAGCUGCUUCUGCCACGGACACGCCCGCCAGUGCAGGCCUGUGGACGAGGGGCGGGGGGACGUCUUCACCCAGACCGGCAUGGUUCACGGUCACUGUGUUUGUCAGCACAACACGGCCGGAGAGAACUGUGAGAGGUGUCGGGACUUUCACCACGACUCCCCCUGGAGCCCGGGAGGAGACAACACUGCCGGCCUCUGCAGGAGGUGUAACUGUCAAGGUCACUCGGAUUCGUGUCACUUCGACGCUGCCCGAUUCGAGGCGACGAGCGGCCUGAGUGGCGGCGUGUGUGACAACUGCCGCCAUGACAGGGCGGGGUCUCAGUGUGAGCUGUGUCGAGCUUUCCUGUACCGAGAUCCACAGAGAGCGCCCGAAGACCCACAUGCCUGCAUACCUUGUGACUGCGACCCAGCCGGCUCGCAUGGCGCCGGCCUGUGUGAUGCGACGAACGGCCGAUGCGUCUGUAAAGAAAACGCUGAGGGUCGACGCUGCGACCGCUGCAAAUCUGGCUUCUUCAACCUGAGACAGGCAGACCCCUCUGGCUGUCAGGCAUGCACAUGUCAUGUUCUGGGAAGUCUCACAUGUGACCAGCUGACAGGAAGCUGUGAAUGUGACCAUUUGGCAAGCGGACCGCUGUGUGAUCGAUGUCCGGCAGGUUUCUGGGGAUUGGGGGGCUCGGGGCACAGAUGUUCACCAUGCGACUGUGAUUUUGGCGGAGCUCACAGCAACACCUGUUCUCCGGAGGACGGUCAGUGUCAGUGUUUGCCCAACAUGGGGGGGAGACGCUGCUCAGAGCCCGCCGCCGGCCACUUCCUGCCUCCUCUGGACUACUUCCUGUACGAGGCGGAGCUCGCCGCUCCACUGCAGGGAUCUCCUCCAUCUCCUACACCGUCCUCUUCCUCUGCUCUGUUGAUCCCGCUGGUUUUGCCACGCUGUGAGAAGUUUUACCGAGAGCAUGGUUACGACUUUAAGGUCCGUGAUGGACGGGUGGUUCUGGUCCAGAGGACUCAACGUUCUGCCCGCUGGAGGAGACUGGUGAGGCGCUCUAUCCAUUUCCUGUUUAACACCAGCCAAUGGCGGGCCCUGUUUGAUGUGUCCGUCCUGCAGCAGAACUUGCCUCUGGAGCCAGGCCACGCCCUGCAGAUCAUUCCCCGUCAGAGGGCCGCGGGUCAGCCGAUCACCUGGACUGGCCUGGGAUUUGUCAGAGUGCUGGAGGGGGCGGGGCUUCGGUUUACUGUGGACAACCUCCCGUCGUCCAUGGAUUACCAGCUCGUGAUUCGCUACGAGCCUGAGUCUCCGUCUGAUUGGUUGGCUUCAGUCAGCAUCAUUGCAGGGUUGCCAGGCAAUGGUGGCUGCAGCGGCAACCCGACAGGGCGGCGAACUCUGAUUCUUCCUGGAAACUCCAGAGUGGGGGUCCUGGACUCUCCGGUGUGUCUGAGCGCUGCCGCUUGGUACCUCGUGGACGUCGUCUUUAACAAACAGCCCGACCGCUCCUCCAGCAACAGCAUCCUGAUCGACUCGAUGGGUUUGAUUCCCAGCAUCGAGUCGGUCCAGGACUUCUGUUCGCAGACCGACCUCGACUCGUUCCGCCGAUCUCGCUGCAUCGGAUUGGCCGCAGAGCUCGACCCGCAGGAGGCGCCCCCGGAGGUUUGCGAGGGACUCGUCAAGAGUAUGUCGGCACGGAUCCACCGCGGAGCUGUCCGCUGCAGGUGUAACCCUGCCGGCACCCUGGGCUUGUCCUGCAGUAAACUAGGAGGGGUCUGUGAAUGUAAACCCAAUGUGAUUGGCCGUUGCUGUGAUACCUGUGCACCGCUCACAUUUGGCUUUGGACCCGAUGGCUGCGAACCGUGUGAGUGCCAUGCUGCUGGUUCUGAGGUGCAGCUCUGUGACCAGCUCAGAGGUCAGUGUGCCUGUCGGCCAGACGUCGCAGGCCGGCGCUGCGAUCGCUGUCACAAAGGAUUCUGGGGAUUCCCGCUCUGUCGACCCUGUGAGUGCAACGGCCUGUCGGAGGAGUGUUCCCAGGACACCGGGGAGUGUGUGGACUGCAGGGAGGACACCACCGGACCUCAGUGUGAUAGGUGUAUGGAGGGUUUUUAUGGCGACCCAGUCUCCAGACGGUCCUGUGAGCCCUGCCUGUGUCCUGACGUUCAGGGCAGCGGACAAUUCUUCGCCACUUCCUGCCAACCCGACCCACAAUCCCUCAGUGUGACCUGUGACUGCAGGCUGGGCCACACAGGCCCGCGCUGUGAUAGGUGCAGCCCAGGUUUUUAUGGCGACCUGCUGUCUCCCGGCGCUGGCUGUGAACGCUGUCUCUGCAACAACAACAUUGACCCGGAGGACCGUGAAGCCUGCAACGGCGUGACGGGAGCGUGUCAGCGCUGCCUGCACAACACGGGGGGGGCGAACUGCCAGGAAUGCCGACCAGGGUAUUACGGGGACGCCCUGCAGCAGGACUGCAAAGAGUGCUCUUGUGACCGGCGGGGGACAGAGGUGACUCAGUGUCCGUUGGGGAGUCCCUGUUUCUGUGAAUCCAGGACAGGCCAGUGCCCCUGCCGGGGGGUGCAGGGCGUCCUCUGUGACCAGUGUGAGGAUGGGUACUGGAACCUGGAGGGGGGCUCCGGGUGUCAGCCCUGUAGUUGCGACACUGUCAAUGCCUUCUCCAACACCUGCAAUAAGGUGACGGGGCAGUGUCCGUGCCAUCCUGAGUUUGGAGGAAGACAAUGUGACGAAUGUGGAGAAAACCACUUUGGGAAUCCCGACCUGCAGUGUAUCUCAUGCGACUGUAACCUGGAGGGCACAGAGCCCCCGUCCUGCGACCCUGAGACCGGCGAGUGCAUCUGUCGGGAGGGGGUCGCCGGGAUCUUCUGUGAUGAGUGUUCCCCGGGAUACGACUCUGCUUUCCCGGCCUGCGUGCCGUGUCAUGCCUGCAGGGCACUGUGGGAAGAGCAGGUCGCAGACAUGCAGCACGCCGCGCAGACGAUGAGGAGCUUCAUCCCUCGUCAUGACGACGACCUGCGGCCCAGACGCGGUCGCCCCCAGCAACGGUUGCUGCAGCUGCACUCUGCGCUGGACAGCCUAAGCAAUCUGACGGGCGCUGCCCCCCCGAGGGUGGAGCAGGUGGAGGAACUGCGAGCGAGGGUCGGGAACCUGAAGGACACCCUGGACCAGAACGUGAUCCGGAUAGACCCGUUGACACUUCUCAACACAGAACUGGACAACAUUGGUCUGGAGUUCAAGAAGCUGCUGAACAACCUGAAGUAUAAAACCUUUAAGGAUCAGAACGCCGGAGACCCGGGAGACGUUGAGGGGCUGCUGGAUGAGAUCCAGAACCAGCACGAAUCCUUCCUGUUGGACGAGAAGAGAGUGAGAAACGCAAACACAGCUGUGGAGGAAUCCAUGGACACCAGACAGGAAGUGAAGCGAAGACUGAGCGCCUGCAGCCAAGCAGACCUGGAGCUGCUCCAGAGGAGGGUCCUAGAUCUCAGCGUGGGAAACCUCAACAGGAAGGUCUGUGGCGCAGCAGGACUGGAUGGUUGCUCAGAAUGUGGUGGAGCUCUCUGUGCUCUGGACCUUGGGGAAAGGAAAUGUGGCGGACCAAACUGCGACGGAGCGUUUCCUGUCAGUCAGGAAGCUUCAGAGGCGGCAAAGAGAGUGAAGGACAAACUGAUCACACUGCCAAAGGUCCUGCAGGACGCCGACAACAAGAUCAAUGAUGACACACGGGAAGCUCAGGUCACCAAAGGAAAAGCCAAAGACCUCCAGGACCAGAUCCACACCAACAUUGACUCCCUCCAGAGAGAGAAAGAUAAAACCAAGGCACUCCUCCAGCAAGUCAAAGACUACCUGAUGGAUGAGAUGGUUCCUCCAGAGGAUAUAAAGAAAAUAGCCCACGCUGUUCUGGACAUCAAGCUGCCGAGAUCACCGGCUCAGAUCCGACCACUGAUCAAUGACAUCAAUAAUCUGCUGUUUAACACCAGCAGCUACCGGGACAGCCUGAAGAACCUGGAGGAUCACGCCACGACAUCCAAGGACCUGCUGCAGAAAGCCCGGGAACUCAGGGAGCGGACAAAGACUGUGGAUGUGAGCGAGAUCAGCAGAGAUAUAUAUGAAGCGGAACGAGCUCAGGACAAAGGCAACAACCAGCUGGACUCUGCCAAUGGUGACAGGAACAUGGCCAGAGACCGGAUCCAAGACAUGAGAGAUAAACUGAACAACAUCGAGACAAAACUGAUGAGCAGGCGACCUGCAGAGCUGCAAAACGAGAUCCAAGCCCUGAAGGAGAAAACGGAUCAGAACCGACAUACGGUGGGAGGCGCUGGAGAGGCCGCAGAGAGCGCCUUCAACCAGACCUCCAACACACAGCCGCAGCUGGACCGGGUUCUGAGUGUCUUUGAGGUUCUGCAGCUGAGGAACAGGAACCGAACGGGGGGAGCUGCAGAACGCCUGAGGAACCUGGUGCAAGAGGCCGAGGACAUGAAGACAUUGCUGCAGGAUAAACUCACACAGAUACAAGACGUGGAGAAGAAGCUGCAGACGCUGCUCAGGAACCGAGCGGACCGAGCCGCUGAGGUUUCAGAUCUGCUGCUCAGCGCCGACGCUCUGCGGCGGGAAAUCUCCAGACGCGCCGAAGGAUAUGCCGUCUGUACUUCAUAACACUACUGAGUACUACAGAGUACUUCAUAACACUACAGAGUACUUCAUAACACUACAGAGUACUUCAUAACACUACAGAGUACUUCAUAACACUACAGAGUACUACAGAGUACUUCAUAAAACUACUGAGUACUACAGAGUACUUCAUAACACUACAGAGUACUUCAUAACACUACAGAGUACUUCAUAACACUACAGAGUACUUCAUAACACUACAGAGUACUUCAUAAAACUACUGAGUACUUCAUAACACUACAGAGUACUUCAUAACACUACAGAGUACUUCAUAACACUACAGAGUACUUCAUAACACUACUGAGUACUACAGAGUACUUCAUAACACUACAGAGUACUUCAUAACACUACAGAGUACUUCAUAACACUACAGAGUACUUCAUAACACUACUGAGUACUUCAUAACACUACUGAGUACUACAGAGUACUUCAUAACACUACUGAGUACUACAGAGUACUUCAUAACACUACAGAGUACUUCAUAACACUACAGAGUACUUCAUAACACUACAGAGUACUUCAUAACACUACAGAGUACUUCAUAACACUACAGAGUACUUCAUAACACUACAGAGUACUUCAUAACACUACAGAGUACUUCAUAAAACUACUGAGUACUUCAUAACACUACAGAGUACUUCAUAACACUACAGAGUACUUCAUAACACUACAGAGUACUUCAUAACACUACAGAGUACUUCAUAACACUACUGAGUACUUCAUAACACUACAGAGUACUACAGAGUACUUCAUAACACUACAGAGUACUACAGAGUACUUCAUAACACUACUGAGUACUACAGAGUACUUCAUAACACUACAGAGUACUACAGAGUACUUCAUAACACUACAGAGUACUACAGAGUACUUCAUAACACUAUUGAGUACUACAGAGUACUUCAUAACACUACUGAGUACUACAGAGUACUUCAUAACACUACAGAGUACUUCAGAGUACUUCAUACCACUAUAAAGUACUUCAUAACACUACAGAGUACUUCAUAACACUACAGAGUACUUCAUAACACUACAGAGUACUUCAUAACACUACAGAGUACUACAGAGUACUUCAUAACACUACAGAGUACUACAGAGUACUUCAUAACACUACAGAGUACU